AUGGCGAGCAAAGGACCCACGACUUCAACAUCAACAAAGAACUCCAGUACUGGAGGGACGAGUGGCAGCAGUAGCAGUAAUGGUGCUGGGGACAAUGCUAAUCAGGACAACACUUUCGAAUGUAACAUCUGUUUAGACACUGCCAAGGAUGCAGUUAUCAGCUUGUGCGGACAUCUCUUCUGUUGGCCUUGUUUACACCAGGGAUUCCAGGGCUUUGGGUUUGGCGAUGGUGGCUUCCAAAUGUCAUUCGGAAUUGGGGCGUUUCCCUUUGGUAUAUUUGCAACAGCAUUCAACAUAAAUGACGGGCGACCUCCUCCAGCUGUUCCAGGGACUCCUCAAUAUGUGGAUGAGCAGUUCCUAUCACGCCUCUUCCUGUUUGUGGCUCUGGUGAUAAUGUUCUGGCUGUUGAUUGCAUAAGUCUUUUCCAUUAUUCUGUAUAUUCAUGGCCAACAGGCCACUGAAACAGUUACAGACUGCAUCCCCAUCCCAUUUUAAACCUCUUGGUGUCUGGUUCCAUAGCCAGCUAUGGGCUUCAGGAAUUGGUGGUACCACAGCACAAUGAGGAAUCCCGCAUUUUGCAUCAGAGUUGGAAAUUAAACAUUGAUUAAAAAGCAUAUUUCAGCUCAGCUAUCUUGUACAACAGGUUCCUGCCACAAACCAUGGGCCUAGCUUUGAGCUCCGCUCCUAAAAGGAGUGCUGCUUUGAAAUCCUGUGCCAAUCAGUGACAUCAGGUUUAUGUGAAAGACAGCUGCCCCCAGGUAGACUGGGCAGGUAAGGAAACUUCUGCAGUGUGAUCGGUAUCUCAUGUUUGGCAACCACGAUGGAUAUGCCAGAACUGCCGAUGUUGUUUAGUGUCUUCACAUCAACAUCCAGCCUUCUUCAGGAAAUCAUCUGCAGCACUGCUGGGACUCUUUGCGCACAGCACGUGAUGCAAAUGGAACAGGUUUGGAAACUGGUUUCUUUUCUUGCUGUUAUUUCCCAGCGUGAUGGAAAACCCCUCCUGAAGUGGUUCUAAUGGCUGUU